GAGAACAUUCUCGAAAUAUUGUACAACCCCGAGUACAAAAACCACAUACGGCGCAUGUCAGACGCCUUCAGAAAUCAGCCAAUGACAGCCCGGCAGAGAGCUCUGUUCUGGAUCGAGCACGUGAUCAAACAUGGCGGAGGUCAUCUGAGAUGCAGUGCUAUGGACCUGUCGAUGUUUCAGUUUCUCUGCCUCGAUACAGUUGGACUUUUUGUCUUCAUAAUUAUU